AUGAUGUUUCACUACGGCGCGCUGCUCUGGGGGCGUGCGACGGGCGACGCUCCGCUGGCGGAGCGCAGUCAGCUGAUGCUGACGGUCGCCAUGCGGGCAGUGCAGCGGUACUUCCUGAUGCAGCCGGGCGGCGGGGUGCACCCGGCUGAGUUCGAGAGGAACUGGGUCACCGGCAUAUUCUUCGAGAACAAGGUGCAUCACACCACGUGGUUUAGUCCGCGCCUCGAGUGCAUCCAUGGCAUACAGAUGCUGCCUGUCACGCCCGUGUCCGAAUUGCUGCGCGGCCGCUCCUUUGUGGAAGGGGAGUGGCGCGAGCUCCUCGGCGGUGCACUCGCCAAGACCACCGACGGCUGGCGGAGCCUGCUGCUGCUGAACCUGGCCUCGCUGGAUCCAGCGGCUGCUUUCGAGGGGCUGCGCCACAGCCCCCUGGACGACGGCCUGCUGCGCAGCUGGGCGCUGUUCUGGGCCGCCACGCGGCAGGGCGGCCCCACCGCCGCGCCGCGCGCUGCGCACCCCGAGCUGGCCGCCUGCGGCGGCGAGCCCCCGGGGAAGCCCGAUGCCUCCGGCGGCUCCACGGGCGCCCGCCUGUUCGCCAGCGCUCUGUCGCUCGCGGAGGCCCCCGGGGGCUCCAGGCACCUCCGGGUGGAGGUGCGGCCAGAGGACCCCGCUGGCGUGACCCUGGUGGCGGUGCACUACUCCGUGAACGGCGGGGAGCAGUGGAACGUGGACAUCCAGAGCCCCUCGCCGGACGACGGCGCCUGGGUCCACUGCGGCGCCGCCGCGCGCGGCGCGCCCGAGGUCGCCCCCGGAGACGCGGUCUCCUACUGGCUGUACUGCAUUCGGCGGGGCCUCGGCGAGGAGGAGCUCGGCCUCACGUGGACGGCGCGCUGA